CCGGGUGUAACUGGAAUCCAUUUUGGCUCGACGCGGAGCCGCUUCCCGGCUCGACGCCGGGUGCGCUUGAGCCCAAAUGAACGCCGCCGCGAUCCAGUUGCAAACUAGUGAUUCUGUUCUCUAACAAGAGUUGCUAGGAUGCAAACAUCACCUUCAUAAGCUCUACCGACCCCUAUCUGAUACAUUCAGUACUCGAUCUCAUCGACAGGCUAAUAAGACGAGACGCGAUGCGUUCGCCGGCGUACAGACGAACGAGAUAAAAACCUGUCAGAACGGCGCAGGCGCGUUAGGCGCUGAUUUGUACAUUCGCUUAUUUAUUAUAAUCAUAAAAUAUGAUAUAAUGGCGACGGAGUGCACGCAGGAAUCCGUCCUGGACUUUCUAUUGGAAAAUGGGGGGCGUGUGAAAAACAAGGACUUGGUCGCGCAUUUUAAAGUCUUUCUCGGCAGCGAAAAUACGAAGCGAGCCGUGCUAAAAGAGAGAUUUAAGCGCUUUGUGGACAACAUCGCCUACGUGAAGCAAGAAAACGGGGAGAAAGUGGUGUGUUUGAAGAAGAAGUACAGAUACCCAGAGAUGCGCGGCGGGCGCGCGCAGGAGGAGAACGAGGAUGAGGAUGACGAAGGCAUCAACAGAGCAAUCAGUGCAUUGCAUUUAGAAAAGAGCCUCGGCGUGCACGACGAAAUCAGCGAGCGGGGGAAGCUCGAGAGAGAUGCUGAGGAGGAGCUCAGAGUGUCUGACAUCGCGCUGAUCGAGAAGGAUAACGAGAGCGAGCGUGGGAAUGAUGUGACGAGCCUCUCUGAUGCUCAGUCAACAGGAGAAGAGGAAUCUAGGGCAGGAGAAGCGGAGGUUGGCAGAGCUUCUGUCGCGCCACAGGUCGCCGUCAGUAGACGGAGGACAUCCAGGGGAUCUCAGCGGAGUCUGCUGGGCUCUUCUGAGGACGCCGCGCACGAGGCGCACAACGAGGAGGGCAGCACCCCGAAGGGCAGCCGCAAGAACUUCAUAGAGCUCAUGAUGAGCAGUUCUCCACAGGUGAGACGCUCUCUGGUGCACCGUCACUCUCAAGGGCAGCUGUCGGCCCGAGCGUGGUCCGCGGACGAGGACUUGGUGACUCUAGACCCGCUGGAGCACGAGUGGAUGAUGUGUACGGCAGACGGGGAGUGGGACAGUCUUCAGCGGCUGCUCGAGUGUGAGCCCACGCUCAUCUCCAAGAAGGACUUCGUCACCGGCUUCACGUGCCUGCACUGGGCGGCCAAGCAGGGCAAGCACGAGCUCCUCGCAGCGCUGGUGGGUUUCGCCAAGCGCCACGGCGUCGCCGUCAACGUGAACGGCCGCUCCAGCGCCGGCUACGCGCCGCUGCACCUGGCCGCCAUGCACCACCACGUGGAGGUGAUGAAGCUGCUGGUGGGAGCGUUCGACGCGGACGUGGAGGUCCGGGAUUACAGCGGGAAGAAAGCGGCGCAGUACCUCCGAUCCAGCGCCGCGUGCGACAUCAAGGACAUCAUCGGAGCCGGCGCGAGCCCCGACGCAGAGAACGCCUCCGGGAGCCGAUGGAAGCUCCCUCGAGUCCUGCAGACCAACCUCAACCCUCUGCGCUUACUCAACGGCCCCGAGGAGCCGGCGGCAGACGCUCAGCACCGGCCCCGCUCCCUGUACCGCAGGGCCUCCAUCGGACGCAUCCGGCUGCAGAGGAACCGCUUCAAGACGCAGAUCGUCCACAGCACCUCGUUCAGAGAGAACGACGAGGGAGAGACGCUCAAGAGCCCCGUCAAGUCCAGACCCGUAUCCAACCUCUUCGGCUGAGACCGGAACCUCAUACAGCGACAGAAAGGAAUAUUCAAAUGAUGCAAUUCUGGAAAAUAGAUAUAAAAUAGGUUAAAAUAGUCCUGUAGAGUGCACAUGAAAGAAUAAGGUUUUAUUAGUGAACGAUACUUUAUUAGUUAUGAUCAUUUCAUUAUUUACUAAUACAUUGUCAAAUUAAAAGUUGUAUUUGUUAACAUUAACCAAUGCACUGUGAACAAACAUGAACAAACAGCUGUGUGUGUGUGUGUGUGUGUGUGUGUGUGUAUAUAUAUAUAUACUAUAUACUAGUGCUGUCAAAUUAUUAAUUGCCUUAAUAUCCAACAAACUUAUUAUUGUUUACAUAAUAUAUAUGUGUGUGUGUGUAUAUAUAUAU